UGCUGCGUUCACGCUCCCGCCUCAAAUGCGCAGCUACCUACCCUACCUCUCUGGAUCAUCGGUGAACAAACUUGUGGCAGCUACAACCACUGUACGAUAAGUACGCGAUUAUUAAAGCUUGACAAUGAUAUGAUGCCUAUCCUUCAGAAAGAAAGUGCGGCUUGCUGCGUUCACGCUCCCGCCUCAAAUGCGCAGCUACCUACCCUACCUCUCUGGAUCAUCGGUGAACAAACUUGUGGCAGCUACAACCACUGUACGAUAAGUACGCGAUUAUUAAAGCUGACAAUGAUGAUGAUGACUAUCCUUCAGAAAGAAAGUGCGGCUGUUAGUCAUUCACUCCAAUAUCAGGCAUUUUUGGUUAUCCCAUUUCCCACCAUUGAUGUGACCCAUCUCGGGGUCCCAUCCAGAAAGAUGGCAGUAACCAGCGCAGCUGAGUUGGCUGGUAAUGGCUUUCAUACUUCGCUGCCAAGUCAUUGA